AUGCAUCCUCAUCAUAGGUUUGAAAUGUCAAGUGUGCUAGACUCCGAGUUACUAGCGAGUCAUGUCAACUAGCAGCUGAAGCAGAAUGUUCAACUCCUCAUGCCUUCUUAUAAGGAUGAGAUAGAGUUUCAGACAUUUGUUGACGAGGUGAAGCCCAUGGUCUAAGCCAACCAGGGGUAUAUGAUGAUUGAGUUAGACCGAGACUUUUAUAUGCCAGGAGAUACAGUUCAUGGCUCAGUUUUCUUCGAACUAUUUAAUAUCAGUCUCCAAACCAAAUUAAUGAUAAGAAUUGAGGGCUUUGAGAUAGUGUCCAAACGCGUCUACAAUAAGAUAUUCGAGGCAGAAGAAGAUGUUGAUAUAGGAGAGCGAUAAGGUUCUGAUUUAAGGGCAAAUGCUAGAGGAUCUAGUAAAACAAGCGCAGAUAAAUUCAAUAACUAAAGUUAGCUUAAAAAAAGAUUAGAGAUUCCUGAGCUUAAAUAAUUAGGAAGAUAAACUCCUGAUCUUCCAGCUGUGAGACCCAGAGGCGGCAAUUAGGACUUUGGGAGAACGGGUAGUCUAAACAUUAGCUAAAGCAGUGUCCCUAAAUAUUAAUCAGCAAUAGAAGGAAAUUAGAAUCAUGAAAAGUCUGUAAAAAGGCUAAGUUAAUUCAGCAAAAAUUAUGAAAUAACAAGCAACUAAGAUGGGCCAUUCAAAAUGGCGAGUUUUAUCGAAGAUUAAAAUAGGAGUCCUGACGAUCAGGAAAUAAUGUGCUGGUUUAAGGAGGAAAGCAGAAUGUUUACCUUUAGAGGCGGCAAGAUUCCGAUUGGACAGUACGAAUUUCCUUUUUAAUUUUAAAUACCUGCUAAGGAUCUGCCCUCAACCUUCUAAUUUAUCAACGCUAAUGGGGAAAAUUUUUAAGUGAAAUAUUCAGUCACAGUAUUCUUUGAGGAUAUAGAACCACUCUUGAUAUUUUCUAAGGAAAUUAACAUAGUCUAAGGAGAACCAUUACUAACAAUAAUAAACCCUAAACUAAACAUUAUAGAUCAUGAUCUUAAUCUUUAGAAGGGAUUAUUGCAUAACAAACAAAUUGGUAGUGAUGCAGUCGUAGAAAUAGUCUAUCCUAAGGUACCUAGGAAUCAAAGCAAAAAAUCAAGGAAAAUAGGAAUUGUAGAAGAGAGAUAGCCUAUGUUGCUUGGUAGUUCUGGGUCAGGACUGGUUCAACAACUUCUUAUUAACAGUAAAAUGUGUUUAUUCUGUUCAGGCAAGCCAAUAAACGCAGAGGUGAGAGUUAACAGACAAAUAUUCGAGCCUUAUGAUUCGAUUGAAAUAGAGAUUGAUCUUGGCUAAUAAUUCAAUACUAUAACAGGGAUUAAGGCAACUCUAUUUGUAGAGGUAUAAAUCCACUCAAGUUAAGAUUAAAAUGGAUAGCAAAUGGCAUAUGAGAAUAAGUGGAGGAAUCACAAGUAUAGAAGUAUUGGCAUGAAUUAUGAAACUAAAACGAUUGAAAAAAUUCAAUAGGAGAUAAAAACAGAGAAACUAAUUAGACCGUUUCGAUAAAACGAAAUUAUCAAAUUUAACAUGGAAAAAUAUAGGGAAGUCAUAGAAAAGACAAAGCAAGAGCACUUUAUUAAAUCUUAGAUUGACAGAGAGAUUCUGCUGAAAAACGAAGGAGCAUUAUUUAGAGCUUAAUAGAAAAAAGUGAUCAUAAAUGGUCAGGAAGCUCCAAAGAGGCCCGGUCAGAUUUUGGUUUAGGGCAAUUAAAUAGCUUAAACUAUACAAUGCUUUAACAUUGCCACUUGUAAUGGCAACUUCAUUAAAUCAAGUUUCUAUGUUGAAGUGAUAAUUGAAACCUAUUAGGUAUUUAGUGGUAAAAAGCAAAAUAAACUUCGCUUUCCUAUUCAAUUCUAUUCAAAGGCAAAGUCUAAGAAUUCUGACAAUAAGUUAUCUUCUGCACAGGCUUCUUCGAGGUCUACGGUUCAGCUAUAAGAAGUUGACACCAGCAAGCCAGAGUUACUAAGCAACAUAGAAAAACUAAGGAAGAUAUUUCCAAAGUGCUUUCAGCCUAUUCUCAUGCCUUCAUCUUUGAUUAGUAUAGAUGAAAAUGAGGAUAUUUUUGAUUAAAAUGAGUGA